ACCACCACCUCAUGCGACUCCAUCCAUGGAGGUAAGCCAGGACAACCUAAUUCACAUUGCCAUGGAUGUUGAAACCUCGGAAAACACAUUGUUUGAAGGGUCUUUCAUAUGCCAUAGUGCAUUUAAUCAAAUCAACUCCAAGGGAAUUUGGUUUGGAGAUGAUCCACUUGCAUAUUCUCUCCCUCUCUUCUUGCUUCAGUUUUUCCUCAUGUUUAUAUUCACUCGCUUCAUUUACCUUAUUCUCAGGCCCCUUGGUCAAUCGUCUUUUGUUUCUCAAAUUCUUGGUGGUAUGACUUUAGGUCCUUCUAUUCUUGGGCACAACACUACAUUCAUUGAAAAGGUUUUUCCCCCCAAAGAAAGACAUGUGCUUGAUACCAUAGCCUUUUUUGGUAUUAUGUUAUCUACCUUCCUAACUGGGGUAAAGAUAGAUCCAACAAUUGCUUUUACAUCAGGUAAAAGGACAUUUGCCAUAGGACUUUUAGCCUACUUUGUUCCUUAUACUUUUGCCACAACAGUUGUCUAUAUCCUCAAUCGAUUUGCAUCAUUGGACAAUGAUGUUUUUACGGUGCUCCCAAUUGUGGUGGAACUUCAAUGUAUUGCAACCUUUCCAGUAAUUACUCGUUUUCUUGCUGAACUUCACAUCUUAAAUUCAGAGAUUGGACGGUUGGCAACUUCUUCUUCGUUAGUGUGUGAUGCCUGCUUCAUCUUAAUUAUGACAAUAAAGUUUGUUGCAAAUUUAUCCUUCACAAAGUCAAUAGGAGUAUCAAUUGGAUCUUUAUUAUCCACCGUUCUACUUCUUUUGUUCAUUAUCUUUGUAGUUCACCCAACUGCAAUAUGGGCAAUUCAACAAUCACCAGAAGGAAAACCAGUUCAAGAAGCUUAUAUUUAUGGGAUUCUCAUAAUACUAGUAUUUUCGGCAUUCAUAGGUGAAGUCAUCGGUGUAAAUGGAAUCAUUGUAUCAUUCUUGGUGGGUUUAGCUAUACCAGAAGGUCCACCAUUAGGAGCAGCAUUGGUAGAUAAGCUCGAAUGUUUUGUUUCAAUGGUGCUCAUACCUAUCCUUUUUGUUAUAGUUGGAUUAAGGACAGAUGUGUUUGUCAUACAAACGAUAAAGACCUUAGCUGCAAUUCAGUUAAUCAUUUUCAUUGCUUUCUUUGGAAAAAUUUUAGGGGUUUUGUUGCCUCUCCUUUUCCUUAGGAUCCCAUUUCGAGAUGCAUUUUCUCUUGGUCUUAUAAUGAACUGCAAAGGCACUCUUGAACUAGCCAUGUUGAUUGCCUUGAAAUUUAAAAAUGUCUUGGAUGAUGAAUGCUUUACAAUUUUGGUUCUUACUUUAGUGCUUGUAACUGGUAUUAUAUCACCUCUUGUAAAAGUUCUAUAUGAUCCUUCUAAGAGGUUUAUUGCUUAUAAAAGGAGGACAAUUAUGCAUCACAAAAAUGGUGAACAAUUCCGCUUACUAGCUUGCAUUCACAAUCAGGAUAAUGUUUUGGCAAUUUUGAACCUCCUUGCAUCUUCAAAUCCAACUGAAGCAUGCCCUUUUGAUUUAGUUGUGCUUCAUCUUAUUAAGCUUGUGGGGCGAGCUUCUUCUCUUCUUGUUGCACAUAUGCCGCGUAAAAAGCUUAGUGAACAUCCAACUCAAUCUGAAAAGAUUUUCAACUCAUUCAACAAGUUUGAAGAUGCAUAUAAGGGUAAGGUCACAUUGCAUUGCUAUAAGGGCAUUUCUCCUUAUGCUACUAUGCACAAUGAUGUGUGCUACUUAGCACUUGAAAAGAGAACAACUUUUAUUAUCAUACCUUUUCAUAAGCAGUGGGUAAUUGGAGGAAGAAGUGAGUCAUCUUUUGCUUUUAAGCAACUUAAUAAGAACGUUCUAGAGAAAGCUCCUUGCUCAGUUGGGGUCCUAAUUAAUCGUGGCAAUCAAAAGACAUUUUGGUGUGGUCAUACAAAGGAAUCAAUAUAUCAUGUGGCUGUGCUUUUCUUUGGCGGUGCAGAUGAUCGGGAAACACUUUCAUAUGCAAGACGCAUGUUAGAUCAACCUUAUGUACAUAUUACUCUUUUUCAUUUUUCAUCUUCAACGGAUAUUAUUGGUGGAUCAGAAAGGAGCAAAAUGCUUGAUACCCAAAUCUUGAGUGAGUUUAGGCUAAAGGCCUUUCGGAAUGAAAGAGUUUAUUUCAAAGAUGAGAUAAUAGUGAAUGAAAGGGAUGUGCUUUCAGUAAUUGAAUACAUGGAAAAUUGCUAUGAUCUUGUCAUGGUUGGGAGAAGGCAUGCAGACUCAAAAUUAAUGACUGAACUUAGAAAAUGGAAGAACGGAGAGUUGGGGGUUGUCGGAGAAAUCCUUGCCUCUUUAAAUAUUGGAGCCCAUACAUCAAUUUUAGUGGUGCAACAACAAACUAGAUUUUGGGGAUCACGUGAUCCAGAGGAGUCCACACAUUUAAGAAAAGUAGAUAUAUAACAACAAUUAGGAUUUUACACCAACAAAUA